AUGGCGUCGUAUAUACAAGGCUAUGAUGAGGAAAGGUUUGUGAGCACAGUCAAUCGAAAUUUCCUCUGUUUGAUUUGCUUCAAUGUCCUUAAAGACCCGGUUCUGUGUCCGAGAAAUCAACAUUGUUUCUGCCGUUUUUGUAUUACGAAACACCUCGAGAAUUCACGAAGAUGCCCUACGUGUGCGGACGAACUGACCGUAGAGGCUCUAGCUGAACCCAACAGAAUGGUGAAAGAUUAUUUAAAUGAAUUGAAUAUUCAUUGCGUUUACAACAACAGAGGUUGCCACGAGAUUCUAGAACUGCAACAUAUUGACAGCCAUGAGGCUACAUGCGGAUUUACACCAGCCGUUUGUACAAACCAGGGCUGUGGUGCAACUUUAAACCAGCGUGAUCUUAUUCAUCAUCAAAGUGAACUAUGUGAAUUUCGCAAGUUGAAGUGCCACUCGUGCGGAGAAACGACGAAAACGUUGGCAGAUAUGGAGAAAAGAAUGGUGUCGACAAAUUUAACAAUGGAAACGAAAGUAGCGAAUCUCGAGAAGAAUAUGGAGAGAAAUGCGGCAGAUAUGGAAGGAAAACUCGAAGCAGUAAAUAAUGAAGUGAAAGGAUUGAAAAGAGCUUUGAUUGAAGGUUUUGAUGAAAUGAAGGAUGUUCUUAUGAAGAUGGAGGACAAGACAGGAAAAGUAAGAAAUACAGAAAGUGGUGAUAAGGAAAAUAUAAUUGUUACUGGAGGUUCAGGAACUAACUCUGUAGAGAUGUUUAACUGGCGUCAAAGAACAUGGUCGCCAUUACAAUCCUUACCAAAGGAGCGUUGGGGAGCAACUUCAUUUGUUUGCAACAAUCAUGUGACAAUCGCUGGAGGUUCCUGUUCUGGCUGUGUUGAUGACAUGAUUAGAAUGAAGAUCAACCCAAACCCUGAUCUCUCAGUGCCCGGGAGUGAGUGUCCUGUUAAACUACCUGCUAAGUUGGUAUACCACAGCAGUGUGCUGCAUAAUAAUCACUUGAUAGUCACAGGUGGCAAAAAUAGAAAUGCAGUAUCUGACUGUAUUCACGAAGUCCAGCUGGUUCCUCCGUAUACUGUGAAGAUCUUAUCAAGAAUGCCAGAACCAAGACAAUAUCACAGUUCGCAAUUAUUUGAUGAUAACUUGUUGAUCGUUGGUGGAAGUACAACUGACAGAUACCAAGACAACCUGAGCAGUGUCGUACUGUAUGAUAUAAAGAAGAAUGAAUGUAAACAGUUGGCACCACUGCCGUAUGAAGUGAGUGUGAUGGCAACUGUGAGAUGGGGAGACAACAUCGUUGUUAUAGGCGGCGUUGACAAACGUGGUAAUGAAUUAGAUACAGUGAUAAUUUACAAUGUCAAGACUGAACAAAGUCGCUUGCUGCCGUCAAUGAGAUGUAAGAGACAGGGAUGUACUGCAGUUGUUAUUGGAAACAACAUUGUAGUACUGGGAGGGAUGGCGGAGCAAUUCGAGGAGCAAUUAAGUUAUCUAAAGUCGGUUGAAGUUUUCAACUUUGAAAGUUAUUCUUGGCAAGAACUACCUGAAAUGUCUCCAGCAAGAUGGUUUCCCACUGCUGUUGUUGUGUGAACAAUGUAAGAAUGUUGAACGGAUUUUUUUAAGAUAAUAAGUUGACUUUAAUCAUAUUGUGAACAACUAAAGUAGAAAUGUAGUAAUACGUUAUGAUAGUUUGGUAUAUGUAAUCAAAAUUAUAUUCAGUUUUUUUAAUUUAAUUAGCGCCUUCCAUUAAGUGCCGCAUGUAAGAUCAGAAAUCGGCUUUGCGUUGUCAUUAAGCUAAUAUUGUGCAUCGCUGAUGUAAUACCUGUAUGUAAUUUAACCACAAAAUGAAGUCACAGAAGUGAAGGUCACCGUGUUUUUCCACUUUAAUCUGUAUAUAAUAUCGUCGGCCUCUUAGGUAACUGCCCAACUCAUUUUUGGGUCAAAAUGCAUUUUUUUCCUAAGUCAUUCUGUAAUCAGUUGUUGCUUAUCUCGUUAACCAAUCAGAAAGCUUCUUAUAUGCCGUAAACAACAUUUGCUCACGCCGCAAGCACGUUUUCGUUUGCACAGCGACUUGGGGGGGGGGGGGGGGGGGGGGGGUGUAACCCACCCACCAAACGGUGAAACUUGGGUACAAGUCAGGUAAAAUCAAGUUAUCAAAAUUGGCAAAAGAAAAUUUCGACAUUUUCAGGUAAAAUUUGCGUAAUAAAGUAAUUAUUUUUGUGAAAUGAUAAUCAUUUUUGUAAAAUACAGUCAAUUUACAUCCAAUUCGUUUGCGAAUUUGCUUUAGAAAACGCCAGAAAUGCAGUCCUGGAGCUUCAAAAAUGUAAAGGAGGACCCCCCAGACCCCCGCCCUUUUCUUCGGAAACUUAGUAUGACAGUGGAAAUCAAUUAGAAAAAGCUCUAUUAUAGUUAUUGCACGCGUGAGGUAAAUUUUUAACAUUGAAGUUCACGUUUCUGGUGAAAUCCUCCGACACCUCACCCCCUCCCCCUAACUUCAGAUGUUUCGCUACGUCCCUGACUAUACGUUAUCAAUUAUUAACUCCUCUUGGGGAAAACGCCUAAAUAUGUUUAAAGUACGACUAACCCCAAAUAUAAUUUUUGGUAUGUGUAAUAUUUGGGUCAUUCUGAGAAGAAAUGUAAUGUAUCUUUAUAGUAAAAAAUCCCAUCUUGAUCAACUUUUUCACGGUCAAAGUUCCAGCUUCCAGAUUGCAAAACUAAUUUGCAAUUCUCCUAAUGACAUCAUAUCCGGAAACUUUGACAGCAAAAAAUGUUGAUCAAGAUGGGAUAUUUUAUUAUAAAGAUAUAUUACAUUUGUUCUUCGAAUGACCCAAAUAUUACAAAUACUAAAAAUCAUAUUAGGGGUUAGUCGCACUUUAAAUACAAAAAUUUAAAAUCUUUGCUAACUCGGACAAAUUGUCGCUUCCCUUGGGAAGCAGCUGGCGAGAUUCCGCUGUAUUUUACAUCUUACGUUAUUAUCUUUUUUUCACAGCUUGCCUGGGCACCAGCUAAAGGAGCUAAAGAACACAAGGAACAUUUUGAUAAAGAACUUGGCGUUACAUAUAUACCUGUAGCUAAACUACAAGAUUCGGAGGAUACUAUCGCAUCACUGGCUGAGGGUGGCUGGAUUGACCCUAGAACAGUACCUGAAACCUUAAUCAAAAGUAAGUAUAUACGCUUAGCCAUUAUCCCAAAGUCCUGAGUCUAGUCGCGCAAAUCCCAUGUUGGAGGGACAAGAAAUAUGGCAGCACACAUUUUAAAAAAGAAAUUUAAUGUAACAAGGAGAUAUUUAAUUUUUGGUCUUCUAAAAAGUUGAUAUUUGAUAGUAGAUACUUCUACCCUUUCACAUAUUUGACGUCUGUCACCAUAUAUUUUGUCCCUGCAAACGAUCCCAGAAUGCACUGUGAUCUCUUUUGGGUAAAGGCUAUCGGGUAUACAAAGGCUGGAUAGCGCUAUCCUCUGUGUCCAGUGAUUUUUUCAACCUUCGUGAAAACAGACCUUAAAAUAUCGGUCGAUCACGGACAUUGUCCGACCCAUUCGUGAAAUUGUCCGGCGUAGAGAGGAAACCACCGGACAUUCUGUCCGACCUAAGUGAACCUGAGGUUUAUUGUUUGUCCGAUCUGAGUAUAUUGGUUUCCGACGGAACUGUAGCUUUGUAAGAUCAAAAUGUACCCUAGGCCAGGACUAGAGGCUCGUAUGUUAAAUGGAGAAUCAGAGUGAUGUAUAAAAAGUGAACCGGAAAUGUUUUAAUGUAAUGAGCGCGGGACAGCGAACGAAAUGGUGAAGUGGAAAACGGGCUUAAGUUGUCGAAGUCUUACUGCUGUUAUUCGCAAGCAAGUUAAUUUUGGCUUGGAAAUAAGUAUGAAUGACACAAAUUAUUUAAUAUCUUCACAACAUUUAGUCCAGAAUGAAUACAUUGUGCUGAUAUUUAUUUGUGUCAUUCAGACUUAUUUCCGAGCCAAACUGAACUGAAGGUCAUCGGACAUCAUCAUUCAUAGGUCCGACCCAAACUCAAGAGAUAUUUUAAGGCCUGUGAAAUGCAGAAAAACAAUUAACAAAAAGAAACUUUAAUCCCCCUCCUCGACACCCACCUCCUCUCAAGAAAUCUAAUGGUCUACCUCUUAACUAAGUUAAUUUGUAUUAGUUAAUUUUCACAUUAAGCUUGAAUGGUAUGGAAAUAUUUUCAACUAAUUUUAUUUAUUCUUAUUUUUCAGAGGAAGAAGCUGCCGCAGCCUUGAAUGCUGCUAAUGCCACUGGACAACCUCCGGGUAUAUUGGGAAUGCCAAUGGGGCCGCCCCCUUUCACCGGCAUGCAGCCAGGCCCGGGUGUGCCUCCAGGAAUACCCCGCUUGCCCUUUGGCAUCCCGGGCUUACCUUUGCCCGGUAUGAUUCCGCCUGGCAUGAACCUACCAGGGUUACCUGGUAUGCAGUUUCAACCAGGUAUGGGUAACAUGCCGUUCCAAAGACUUGCAAUGAACAAUCGAAUGCCGUUUAUACCAGGGGUCAACCCGUUUAUGAUGGCAGGGUUAAUGCCAAGAAUGCAGCAGGGUGGGCCCAUGCCAGGCAUGCCACCAUUCUUUAGGGGUCCACCACCUAUGGGUGGACCACCUUCCGCAAAUGCCCCUGCCGAAGCUGGUCAACCCCAGGAUGGUAACCAAGGCGAAGUAGCUGGCCAACCAAAUGAAGGGAAUCAAGAAGGGGCUCCUGAAUCAAAUGUGCCGCCGCAUGGUGAGAACAUUCCGGCCGCCCAAGGUCCAACCGAGCCUGGGUUUCAAGGUCCACCCCCUGACCAAGUCGGUCCCGAAGGUCAGAAUGUCCCCCAAAAUGGUCAAGAAGCACAAGGUCACGAACAGUUUGGUGGGCCCAAUAUGGGUCCCGGAGGAGGACCCCCAUUCCAAGGUGGACCUCCAUUUCAUGGUGGUCCAGGCGGCCAAAAUCAUGGUGGUCCAGGCGGCCCACCAUUCCAGCCACCAUUCGGACAACAAGGUCAACCUCCUUUCCACGGUGAGCCGCGAUUUCAAGGGCCACCUCCAUUCCGUGAGCAAGGUGGACCACCCGACCCUUGGAGGCAAGGUGGUCCUGAUAACCAAUGGAGACCAGAGGGCAGACCCUGGGAAGGACCACCCAAUGAGAACUGGGGCAAUGAAGGGGAACAUUGGGGUUCUGAGGAUGAACAGUGGCGGAACGAAGAAAGGCCUUGGGGUCGUGGAAAUGAUCGCAGAGGCCGUCGUGACCGACAUGGCCAAGAUGAAUGGGGUCAUGAAGACCAGUUUGAUCGCCGCAAGCGUGGACGGUUCGAUAACGAUUGGGGACCACCCCACGAUAGACACCAAGGACCACACCACGACAGACAUCAAGGGCCACACCACGACCGGCAUCAAGGGCCACACCACGAUCAGGGACCACCAUUCGACCACCGUGGGCGACCGCCGUUUGGUCGAGAUCAUCCACCAAGAUUCGGUCCACCCGGACGAGGUCCGCCUUUCCCAAGGGACGGACCACCACAAUUCGAUGACAGACCACCGUUUGACGAUAGACCACCAUGGAUGCGUGAGGAGCAGAGAGGUAGGUGGGGUGAGGAGGAGGGACCAUUUAGAGGCGACCCCAUGGAACAGCAACCCGGGUUUGAAAUGGAACAACAAGCUGGUGAUCAGGAUCCAAAUGCGCCAUGGGGUGGUCGUCAUGGUGACGGCCCCCGCGGUGAUCGUCCGCGUGGUGAUCGUCCACGCGACAUACCAUCGCUUAUGGGUAACCAAUUUAAGCCUCCACCACAAGCACCGGGUGAGGACACUGCUGUACCACAGGAUGCUGCUGUACCCCAGGAUGCUGGUGUACCCCAGGAUGCUGCCCCGCAAGGGGAUGUUGCCAAGGGUUGGGCUGAAAUAAAAGAACUUAAAGCAAGAUUAGCGAUGAAUAAGAAUCAAGGAUCUGCGCCUGAGAACAAUGCAACGCCUGUGGGAGGAAGACAAGCCGAAGGUGGUGUUUUGAAUGAGCAAAGUAAUAUUCCUAAGAUUAAACAAGAGAGAGACGACACUGCAGCGCCUGUCGAAGGGGGGCUAGCUCAUGGUGGCGUUACCAACGAGCAGAUUAACGUUGUUAAGAUUAAACAGGAGGUAGUAGACGACACAGUUGCUCCUGCGGUAGGGGUUGCUGAUGGUAGUAUUCAGGGCAAUCAGGGUAAUGUUCUCCAAAGUCAACCAGUGGUGAAGAUUGAACAGCCGGAACAUGGUGAUCAAGCAGAACAUUUUGGCGAGCAGAUGGGAGGAUCUGGUGAAUUGAAAGUUGAUGAUCCAGUUCCAAAUUUAAAAAAAGAAGGCGAAUCAAUGACUGCGGAUACAGUUGUUGACAAGUCCAACCAAGAAAGAUCUGAGGCUGCCCCAAGUCAAGGUGAACCGACGACAUCAGAUACAGUUCUAGACAACCUCAAUGAAGAAAGGUGUGUGGUUACACCUCAAUCUGCCGUAAUCUCAGAAGAGAGAAUGGAAGUUGAUGUCGGAAAUGAGCCAGAACCGGCAGUUGAAAGUAAUGUACCCGAGCGGAUGAGAUCCGAAGGGAACAAGAUUGGAUCCGAGGAGGUGAAAGUAGGAUCAAAUGAGAUCAAGAUGGGAACAGCAGAGGUGAACAUUGGAUUGGACGUGGGAUCGGAACAGGUAAAGAUGGGAUCGGAUGAGGUCAAGAUGGGAUCAGAAGAGGUCCAGGUGGCGUUCGGUGAGGUUAGGAAGGAAUCGGAAGAGGUGAAUAUAGGGUCAGAAGAGGUUAAGAUGGGAUCGAGCGAGAUCAAAGUGGGAUCAGAUGAGGUCAACAUGGGAUCAGAAAUCAGGUCGGAUCAGAUCAACGUCGGAUCAAUGGAGACAAUGAAACCUGCGCGUGGAGAAGUAAGAGAUAUGCCUGCUGAAAACAUAUUUCCAGGAAACAACAUGGACGAAACGUCAACACCGGUCGAAAGCAUCAUUAAAGAAAGCGAAGCAAUCGAGAAACCAGCUGAACCGAUAGAACAUAAUCAAGUUUCCGAGCAGAUCGAAGGUAGUUCUAUGGAAGAGGGGGUUUCCGGUGUAGAUAAAAAGAAUCAUUCUGAACAGCCGCAAGCGAGAGUUGAGCCCGAAAUCGAAGUACAGCAAGCGACCGACACCAGCUCGGAAGCAAACCCUGAAAUUGGCGAGGUUGUACCCGAUCCUGAUACCAAACCCCAAGAGGUAACUAGUGAUGUGUAGGAACUUAUGCCAUUAUUUUGAUAUCCUUUUGGACUAAACUGAAUUAGUCUUUCGACUACGUCUGGUAAAGGCUAGUCUUACUAUAAACCCUUGACACUUUUGUGUGUUCAGAUGAGACAUAAAUUACUUAGGUUGUAAAUAGAUAUAAGUGCCGAUUUUUUACAACUAUAGGUUUCGAAUAGAAUAAGCUCGGAACUGUGUUCCAGACAUUUUUAUACCCACUCGUGCGAGAAAGCUGUGCUAAGCGCGUGCUGGACAAAUUCGAGGACAUAAUGACAUUGACAUACAUGUAUGAUUCUUAUAUGCUAUGACAGAAAAUUUUAACAGUAAACAUUGAGUUUUCUUGCAACGAAAAUUUGCAUUGAAACUACAUAUGUUCGAAGAGAAAUAAUUGAAAUCUUCGUAACGUGUAUUGUUUCCUAAAUCAACCAUUCAUUUUUUUCCCGAAAAUAAUCUGCUAUGGUUUGGAAGAAUUUAAAAACACAGCAUUUUGAAUGCUCGGAGUUUCGUUUUUGAUCUUUUUUUGAGUAAUUCAGACACAAUAUGAAUAAUCCCCACGCGUGUGGUAUAUGCAAGAAUAUGACUUCGUUUAAUUGUCGAAAUACGAAUUUAAAAUGGCGCAGAUUUUUUUAGUUUUCAAUGAAAUUUUCGUUGUAUAAGAAUUCUAAAUUAUUCAAUCUAACACACGCAUACGUGCUACUGUUGAAUUAGUAAGUUAAUAAAUUAUCAGUGCUUACGUGAAAUCAGUUUAUCGAAUGCUCAGUAAGAAAUUUAUGUAGAACUAACAACAGAACGUAUAUAAUUUGGGCAGAAAAUAGUCGAGCUAGUUCAGUUUGGUAUCUGUGAGGGUGUGAUUUGGAAAGAGAGUAUGUGUGGUCAUAGAAACGAACGUAGAUUGUGGUAUUUUACAUAAUUUCCAACCGUCUUUGUGUGCAUUUAUAAGCUCUUAGUUUUCCAGGUAAGUUUUGGCAUUUCAAGGUAAUGCGGUUAAACGAACAUGCGACCUUUUUGGAAUUUUUUUGUCUCCAAUUGACGGCUACAGUAACCUUCUAGAAAGUAAGAUUUGCGGUAAAACAGGGAUUUUAUUGUUUUUAAAUUAUUGCCAAAGUAACUUUUUCCUAACUACUCUGGCACCCGCAAAGUUUUGCAUAAAGCAAAAACAGCGACAACUUUGAAUUAGCCCAACAUUUUUGGUUUAUUGUAUGACGUUUUAGCCACGAGGAAAGCUUUCGGCAAACAAACGAUUAAUGUAUUGACGAGCCAAUUUCAAUUCGUGCUUUGUUUUAUAGUACUAAAAGAACUUAAUGAUCAAGUAAUUCUUGUCUCGUAGCGCGGAUUAUUCCAAAGUGCAGCUCAAUUAUGGCUGGAUAUACAAUGUCUUCUUGUUUGCCCUGAGCUUUAUUUGUUUGUGACAAACAUAUAACGUCAUACCAUUGAAAUUUUACAUCUGGCUGUAUAAAAAUUUCUCUCCUACAGCGAUUUUACAGAUUUAUCCCAGUCCCCGUGUUAAACACAGAGUCAAUAGACAAUUCCCAUUAUUAAACUAAUUUUAAAACUAGGCAAAGAGAUGCAAAUAGAUCACCACAGCUAGAAAGAGCAUACUAAAAUGCGGAAAAUAUAGCCUAGCAAAGUUUGCAAAUUUUGUAUACUUUUGUAUCGCGUGCGGAAAUUGCAAAUUUUAUCGGGAACGCUGGAAUACAUAUAGGUAAUAAUUGGGCAAAAACAUGAAGUUGCAAAGUGGCACCUACGAUAAAAAUAUAUAUCGUGUACCUUCACACCACCCAUAAGCUAACAAAGUGUAUUCCCUCCAAACUUUUAAUCUUUUUUAGGCUUCAAUGGCAAUUUUUUUUAGGCUUCAAUGGCACUUCAUCGAGUUCCUAACCUUGUUUAUAUUAUACCCAAAGAUAAUGCAUUAUGCAGCCUUUUAAGCAUUGUGGAAUCCAGUAGAAUAGGAAGAGUGUUUAGGAUCUAGGAAAAGCGUACAAAAUUGAUGGACAUUGGAUUGAGGUACUUUUUAGUGAUUGCUUUGCAAAGAGGGGACGGAUAAAAUUCAUUCUAGCUGGUGGAAGUGACUCAUGAAAUUGCUAAUGGUGGACGGUAUGUUCCUUUUUGUAGCACGAUUCACGUAACGUAAAUAUUUUUUCUUCGAAGAAGUUCACAAGCUGUCGAAAAGUCGUGUUCGCAUUGCUUGUUCCCAGUUGUUGUAACAAGUUUGGAACAAGCUGUUCACAACUUGUAACAAGCUUGAUGGCAUUAUCAGACUUGUUACAAGGUUCGUCCAAGAAGUCUGAUACAGUCGUGAUAUAACAAGAAUGUUACAAGGUUGAUGACACAAGGAAUACAAUAUUGUUAUAUCAUGACUGUAUCGGACUUGUUGGAACAACCUUGCAACAAGUCUGAUAAUAUCAGAUUUGUUGAUUUGUUGCAAGGUUGUUCCAGACAAGUCUGAUACAGUCAUGAUAUAAAAAAAUGGUUACAAAGUUGAUGACACAAGGUUGUAACAAUAUUGUUAUAUCAUGACUGUAUCGGACCUGUUGGAACAACCUUGCAACAAAUCUGAUAAUAUCGACAAGGUUGUUGCAAGUUGUUAAUAGCUUGUUCUAAACUUGCUGCAACAACUAGGAACAAGCAGUGCGAACACAACUUGUUGACGGCUUGUUUUUGUGAGAUUUUUACGCGCGUAUCCCAAUACCAUUCACUGUUUGAUGUUCCAGCAUUUCAAAAACUUCCCCGUGUUGCAUGUAUUUGAUGGUGAGAUAUUGAUCCCAUUUGUGCAAACGUUUCCUAAUUUGUACUGUAAGAGUGGUCUGCCAACAAACCGUCAACAAGUUGUCUUCGCUCUGCUUGUCCCAAGUAGUCAACAAGUUUGGAACAAGCUGUUCACACUUUGUAUUAACCUUGUUGAUAUUAUCAGACUUGUUACAAGGUUGUUCCAACAAGUCCGAUGCAGUCAUGAUAUAACAGUAUUGUUACAACCUUGUGCCGUCAACCUUGUAACAUUCUUGUUUAUAUCAUGACUGUAUCAACUUGUUUAAAGAACAACCUUGUUACAAGUCUGAUAAUGCCAACAGGCUUGUUACAAGUUCUUAACAGCUUGUUUCAAACUUGUUACAACAACUGGGAACAAGCAGUGCGAACACAACUUGUACACAACUUGUGAACAGAUUUGUAACAACUUGUUUGCAGACUUGUAACACGUGCCUCCCAGCGUAAUGGCACAUUCAAUUCAUUUAAAAGCCCCAAUAACGGAAAGUUGCUGUAGCACGUUCGAAAGUGGACGGUAAGGCAUAACCUAUCGAAGGGAAGAUGGCUGUGAAACUCGUUAGAAUAACAAUUUAACUCAUCUAUGUUAGUCAACGUGUACCCUUAAAUACGAUCCUGUUUCACCGUCACGUGUGGUAUUGUAUUUUGCCCAACUAACCAAUAGCAAUGUUUUAGGAAAGUUACCUAUCCGUGACUCGAACCAUAGGGUAAAUUGGAAAUUUCUUAUUGGUGGAUUUGGCAAAAAUACAAUACACACGUGACGGUGAAGGCCAGAUUUAUGAAUAACAUAGAUAACGAGUUAUAUUGUUAUUCUAUUGAGUUUCACAGCCAUCUUCCCUUCGAUAGGCUAUGGAUAGGGGUAUCCCAAAAUAAAGCCCCGCAUAAAAGAACCAGUGAAUUUUGACUUUAGGCUGAAGUGUUUCCUAUAUAACUGGUUCUUAUCUGGCUCUUAUUUCCAGUCAAAAACAAUUGCUCCUGGUUUAGAGUUUUAAACCUUUUAUUGUAUAAC